AUGCGCCCCACGAUACCAUAUCCAUUGCAGGAUGAAGAUGAACCGCCUUUGUCAAAAGACAGAGCGAAUAUUGGACAGCGCCGUUGCGAGAAACAAUCGGUACCGCGUCGUAAAGCCGUCCAAAAAAUGAGACAGGAGAAAAGACCACACACCAACAAAGGCUGGAUGUUUCCUUUCGCGGCCAAAAAGCAGCGGUCCAGUCUUUUCGACUCAGAUUCGUCAUCUUUAAUCAAAGCUCCUUCGCCUGCUAUUUACGAUAAUUCAACCCUGGUUGAUACUGGUGAUAAGAUAGUGAUGAAUCGCUCCCGUAACGCUGAGCCGAUCCGUGCUGCAAUGACUAAAUCUCAAUUUGUGCCUUUUAUUCCUAAUAAAUGGCACGAGCGCCCUGUAUCCACACACAGAGUGGUUUCCAAGGACCCACUUGAUUGUUCAGCUGCAGGGCUUGUUGAAGGAAGCUCCAAAGUCUCUGAGGACUCCCUGGGCCGUGUCCUAUCACUUUUCAUCCUCGUCACUGUCGUCGCCAUUUUCAGCUCGAUCACUGGACAACUGAUCGAAGCUGUAAAAGAUAAAACGGGUUUAAAGUGA